AUGAUGAAAAGUGUUAACCAGACGCUGGUGACACAGUUCAUCCUGCAGGGCUUCUCAGAGCACCCAGAGUACCAGGUACUCCUAUUUGGCUGUUUCCUCUCCCUCUACACUGUGGCGCUCACUGGCAACAUCCUCAUCAUCUUGGCCAUCACCCUCAACCCUGGGCUCCACACCCCCAUGUACUUUUUCCUGUUCAACCUGGCUACUAUGGGUAUUAUCUGCACCUCGUCCAUCAUGCCCAAGGCCCUGCAGGGUCUGGUGUCACAGCAGAGCACCAUCUCCUAUGGGGGCUGCAUGGCCCAGCUCUACUUCCUCACGUGGGCUGCAUCCUCAGAGCUGCUGCUCCUCACAGUCAUGGCCUAUGACCGCUAUGCCGCCAUCUGCCACCCCUUGCAUUAUGGCACCAUGAUGAGCAAGGCCUUCUGCAGCCUGCUGGCCGCUGGUGUGUGGAUGCUCUGUGCCUUCAACACGGCCAUACACACAGGGCUGAUGCUACGCUUGGACUUCUGUGGCCCCAAUGUCAUCACACACUUCUUCUGUGAGGUCCCCCCUCUGCUGCUGCUCUCCUGCAGCUCCACCUAUGUGAACAGCAUCAUGAUCGUCCUUGCGGAUGCCUUCUACGGCAUCCUCAACUUCCUGAUGGCCAUCGUGUCGUACGGCUUCAUCAUCUCCAGCAUCCUGAAGAUGCGGACUUCAGAGGGGAAGCAGAAAGCCUUCUCCACCUGCUCCUCCCAUCUCAUCGUGGUGUGCAUGUACUACACUGCCGUCUUCUAUGCCUACAUCAGUCCCGUCUCCAGCUACAAUGCAGAGAAGAGCAAGCUGGCUGGGGUGCUGUACAGCAUGCUGAGCCCCACCCUGAACCCCAUUAUCUAUACUUUGAGAAACAAAGAGGUCAAAGCAGCUCUCAGGAAGCUCUUUCCCUUCUUCCAAAAUUAA